AUGUCAAUGGACAAGCUCAGUCCCGAAAUCGUCUCCCUCGUGGUUUCGCAUUUCCUUGCAAAGCCGCAGUCCGUCGCACCUAUUCUGCUCAGCCGGCCUCUACUUGGCCGGCUUCCUCUUGGCCGGGCUCCUACAAAGCCACAGCGCGGCCCGUAUACCCUCUCACGCACCUGGCAGCGCGCCGUGGAGACGCACACUUUUGCCAGCAUCCGCCUGAAAAGCACCGAGCUGUCGGAAUUUGCUGCCAUCUUCUCUGAUGUCCGCCGCCAGCGGCUCCUUCGCCACCUCACGUUUGUCGUGUGCUUGCCUACCCACGGCGACUCCCGGGAGGACCACGCCACGAAUGUGGCGGCCUUUACUGAUGCGCUAAAGGAUCUCUUGGGUCUUCUCGCACAAUGGGAUCAGAACGCGGCCGGCGGCGAGGCUCUGCCGGACCUCAAACUCUGGCUGUGGUUUGCCUACGACAUUCGCUCAGAGGAUGGCCCGGUGGAUCACCACUUCAACGCGGAGAAAUCCAGCGCAGCUCGUCGCUACCUCGAUGGAAACUUUGAUGGGUUUCCUCUUGUCCAAAGGAUCUCAAGCUUCAAAAUUGAUGUUUCCCUCGGCAAGGCACCUCACCCGGGUACCAUAUGCCGGAUCGCAGGUCUGUUCCCACGGCUGCAGGAGCUCGAUAUUGAGUACCGCGACCCGGCAAUCAAACGGCGCGAAAUGCGCAGAGAACAUCGCCUCGCAUUGGCUGCUGGGCUAAAGGACAUGUGCUCGCUACUUGGCCUCACCAAGCUCCACGUCAGGCGCCAGGGCGGAUGGGAUCCAAGGAACCACAGCUUCACCUGUCAGGAUCUCGAGGACGAGGAACACAUAGACCCCCUCUGCGAAUCCAUUCGACAAGUCGCUGAGCAGGGAAGAUUGACUGACCUGAAGUUGAAUAACGUGCUCGUCUCGCCCGACCUCUUCCGGAACCGUCGAUCUGGCGCAGUCUCCGAAGACAGGCCAAUGCCAGCGUUGCGACGGCUCCACAUUGAGGACGGAAUAAUAUCUCCUAGCGGUAAAUGGUACUAUACGGGCAACCCGAAUGCCGUCGAGGCGGAGUCGUCACGCAAUUCUGCUGAGCCCGACGACGAAGACGACGAGCUUAGUGACAGUGACUCCGAGAUAAGUAACGACGAAGAUGACACAGAUCGCGACGUCAUUGUCAAUGGAGAGCGGCCGGUUCACAUGUGGCGAACGCGCCCGGACCCCGAAACGUUUGAUCCCCUGAUUGCAGACAUGGCUACUGCACUUCAGCGCAUGCCGGCCCUCGAGAGGGCUUGCUUGGACAUUGGAGGCAACCUCGAAGGAUCAGUGGCAGUCAUUAUCCAGUGUGUACAAAGAGGCCAAGGUUUCUUCAUGCCGCCAGAUCGAAUUCAGGACACGGAGGCGGCCAAGCAAGUAGCCAGAUGUAAAGCGUGGGUUGGCGCCGCUACCGAGUGGGAGGUGCCCAGAGAGGCCACGGCCGCGUGGAAGGCAUGGGUAGGAGAAGAAGGACAGACCAAUGUGGCAAGAUGGGGUUAA